AUGAACAGUACCAUGACCUCGAGCCUAGCAGCCGGUGCUGCAGUCCCUAUAUCCCGUCACUUCAACGAGUACGAUGAGUAUAAACUCAUUUUGCCGACUUCAAUGUACCUUGUCGGCUAUGCAUGCGGUCCUAUGCUUUGGGGCCCACUGUCGGAAUCGUACGGCCGCAAGGGAACUAUGGUGAUUUCUUUCGGCAUUUUCACAAUCUUUUCGGUCGCUUCAGCUCUUGCACCGAACUUUGCAGCGCUAGUAAUCUUCAGAUUGCUGGUUGGCGUGGGAGGCAGCUGUGCCAUCAGCGUUGUUGGUGGUAUAUGCGCGGACAUAUAUCACAACCCCAAGUAUCGUGGUAGGAGUAUGGCUAUCUUCAUGGCUGCGACAACCUUUGGCCCGAUUCUAGGCCCCUUGGUAUCAGGCUACAUUGCAGUCGUCUCUUGGAGCUGGGCCUUCUGGGUUGGAGCUAUAUUCGCCGGCGCAACAUGGCCGUUGUUCUACUUCUUUGAUGAGACAUAUGGUCCAACAAUCUUGAAGCGUCGGGCUCAUCGGUUACGCAAAGAAACUGGUGAUGAAAGGAUCGCAGCACCGCUGGAAUUAGAGAAGACAGAUUUGAACCACAUCGUCACUGUCAUCUUGACUAGACCAUUGCGCAUGAUUUGCUUCGAGCCUUUGGUAUUGUUCACUUGCUUGUACCUGAGUUAUGCCUAUGCCAUUUUUUACAUAUUUUUACAGUCCUAUCCCAUCAUAUUCCAAGGUAUCUAUCACUUUAAUGCUGGAGAGACCGGCAUUGCAUUUCUCCCCAUUGGCGUCGGUGCAGUCAUCUCUGCUGGUAUCUAUCUUUCUUGGGAUUGGUACCUGGCACGCUCUCAACGUCUUAAUCGGCCUUGGUCACAGAAUGAAGAGAUGCGUCGUCUACCUCUAGCAUGUAUAGCAGGUCCAUUUUUCGUCAUCAGUGCGUUUUGGCUUGGCUGGACAAGUAGAGAAGGCAUACACUGGAUCGUGCCUACUCUCGCCGGCAUCUUAUUUGGCAUGGGUUACCUGUGUCUGUUCAUGGCGCUACUCAAUUACCUCGUUGACGCAUACGAAGUUUUUGCUGCAAGUGCAAUGGCCGCCGCCUCAUUAUCCCGAUCUUCUUUCGGUGCUGUGCUGCCGUUCGCUGCAAAGCCGAUGUAUAGGGCUAUGGGUGUGGCGUGGGCGACGAGUCUACUAGGCUUCUUUAGUCUGGCGCUUUGUGUUGUGCCAUUUGUGUUUAUAAAGUGGGGUGGUACGAUGAGGGAUCGAAGUAAAUUCUGUCAGUAUUUGAGGCAGAAGAAGAUGGAAGAGGAGAAAGAGAGAGAGAGCGAAAGAGCGAAGGAGAAAGACCGAGCGAGAUUGAUGGCCAAUGAAGUCAGCGCUGAGACAAACGAGAUCAAGGCGAAGGAGGAUGUGUAG